AAAAUAGCUUCUGAAAAUCAAGAAAUGCUCGCUUCAGUCUGUACUUACAACUUACAAGCAAAGAGCUUCUAAAAAUCAUGGCUAUGGAAACCUACGCAUCAAGAAACCCUGAUAAGAUUCACACUGAUGUUCUCUUUAAAGCCAGAGAUGCUUGCUAUAAAGCCCGUGACGCUUUUUACGCCUGUUUGGAGAAAGAAUCAGGGAAGAGACCAACAGAAAUUGGGUCAGUGGGACUUCUCUAUCCUGUGGAGUGUAAAGCUGCAAGAGCUAAAUUUGAGAACAAUUGCCGACCUACUUGGGUGAAACAUUUUGAUCGAUUGUAUUCGAAGAACAAGAGGGUUCAGAGGUUGUUAGAUGAUAAAGAUUCAAGGAGAGGUCCAUUGUCACUUCCACAGCCUUACACAUUUAAGCCUACCUCCACUUAAUUUUUUUAUAUUUCGAUUUUUCGGCUGUUUUUAAAGCUCUUGGCUAUGUGGUUAGUUGAUGAGUUUUGAAAGUUGUAUAGUUAGUUACUGGUGAGAUAUAUCUUUGAACUUGGAAUUUGCUUCUUGACUACAUACAUUAUGUCACUUUGGUAUUUAGAUGUUGAUUUCUGAUUGUUUGAGUA